UUUUACUGGAAAAGGUGUGGCUUUGAAGCGAUAAUGCGGGUUGUGUGAAUGUGUUUCUUUUCUUUCCAUGAAAAUUGUUUUGAACCAUUUGCUUGGUUUCCGGUAUAACGGCGAGAAACCGAAGAAGAGGGGAGGAAAAUAUUGAAUCUCACAUUUUCUGUUGUCUGUGUUUCUAAGUAAAACGAGUUUAUCAAGCUUGAGUCGUGGAUAUUGAGCCAACAGUUUGAUUUUUUUCCUUUCAUUUUCUACAUUUUCUCGGCAUCAGAACGGAACAACUACUCUUUCCUGCCUCCUUUUGUUGUUUUCUCUGGAAGGGUUAGGUGCGUCCAUGUAAAGAUGGUUUCUUGAUGCUCUUUUUUGCUCCUUCUCUUAUUUGUUUUAGAUCGGUAACCUAAAUCCAGAGUCUCAUUAGAUCCAAGAAUUUCCGUCACGAAUUGCCCAAAAUCUGAAGGUUGUGUGGGCCAGGGUCUUGAAGGAGAGAAUCAGAGAACAGUUGGCUCACCCCUUUCCCAUUUUCAGUACAAGGGAAGCUAGAAUAUGCAGACACCAAAAAGAAGAACUGGCUCUUUGGAAGUGCCUCCAAGGACAUCACCAGCAACGCCUCGAACUGCUCGGAAACUAAAGACACCAGGAUCAGAUGGCGAUUCAGUUUCCUCUCCCCAUCCAGCAAGCAGGACACCAAAAGACAGAAGUCCUAAAAUUGUCAAAUCAACGCGAAGCCCAGUAUCUGAGAAGAAGCGGCCAAGCAAACUUUCUGAAUUGGAAUCUCAGGUUGCUCAACUCCAAGAGGAUCUGAAGAAGACAAAGGACCAGCUAAACUCAUCCGAGUCAUGGAAGAGAAGAGCCCAUCAGGAGGCUGAAGAGGCAAAAAAGCAGCUAUUAGCUGUAUCAGCAAAGCUUGAGGAGUCCCAGCAGCAGCUGCUGGAGCUCUCUGCUUCUGAGGAAGAUCGGGUACAAGAGCUCCGCAAAAUAUCCCAGGACCGGGACCGUGCAUGGCAGUCUGAACUUGAGGCUGUCCAGAAGCAGCACUCAAUGGAUUCUGCUGCCCUGGUUUCUGCCAUGAAUGAGAUCCAGAAGCUCAAAAUCCAGCUGGAAAUGGUGGCUGACUCCGAGGCUUCUCAAACCAAACAUGCAGAGUCGGCACAUGUUGAAAUUCAGAGGUUAAGAAUUGAACUUGCAGAUACUCUCUCUCUGGUAGAGGAAAUGAAAACCCAGCUCAAUGAUCGCAAAGAAUCUGAAGCUCGGGCGCUCAAAGUUGUUACUCAAACUCAAAUGCAAUUGGAAACAGCCAAGGCAGCUGCAGAAACAAUUCGGUCAGAUGGUGUUAAGGCCAUGGAGGCUUAUAACUCCAUAACAUUGGAGCUGGAUCAAUCAAAUGCUCAAGUAAAUUCUUUGGAGGGACUUGUGAGCAAACUCCAGGAAGAUCUAGUUAAUAGUAGCAGCACAAGUGCAGCGAAUCCAUCAGAUGAUGCUAAACUUGCACGGGAAAAUGGAGAAAAUGAGGACACAAACCAGCUUAAACAAGAGCUUAAUUUGGUGAGAUUUGAAGUGGGUCAAUUGAGAUCUGCAUUGGAUGCUGCGGAGAUCAGGUACCAGGAAGAAUACAUCCAGAGCACAUUGCAGAUACGAAGUGCCUAUGAACAAGCAGAACGUACAAGAUCAGAAUCACGCCAAAGAGAGGCUGAAUUGGAGGCAGAGUUGAGGAAAGCAAAAGUGAUUGUUGAAGAUUUGAAGGUGAACCUGAUGGAUAAGGAGACCAAAUUGCAGAACAUUUCAGAGGAGAACAAAGUGCUGAAUGUGAAGAUUGAGCAGAAUCAGUCUAAUGAAAGGGAACCUGAACUGCAAAUGGAACUGAAGAAGUCAGAGGCUACUUUGGCAGAUUUGAAGACAAGUUUGCUGGACAAGGAGACAGAGCUGCAGAGCAUAACAGAAGAGAAUGAAAUGCUGAAAUUGGAAAUCAAGAAAAAGGAAACAGAGAACGAUAAAGUGAAUGAUGAAGCUGUUGCAAAAAUAGAAGCUGCAAAGGCUGCAGAGAAAGAGGCAUUGACUAAGCUUGGUUAUUUAACAGAGGAAGCAGAUAAAAACAGUAGAAGAGCAGAAAGAGUGACUGAGCAGCUGGAUGCAACACAGGCUGCAAAUUCAGAACUGGAGGCUGAAUUAAGGAGAUUGAAGGUGCAGUCAGAUCAGUGGAGAAAGGCAGCUGAGGCAGCUGCUGCCAUGCUCUCAACAGGAAAUAACGGCAAAAUUGUAGAAAGAACAGGAUCUCUGGACAACAACUACCACACAAUUGGUGCAAGGAUAGGUUCACCCUGCUCAGAGGACAUGGAUGAUGAUUCACCCAAGAAGAAAAAUGGGAACAUGCUGAAGAAGAUUGGGGUCUUGUGGAAGAAAGGCCAGAAGUAGAUGGAGCGUGUUUCAGGUUCAUAUGUUAUUUUGUUGGUUAAGUAAUAUCCUAUUAUCAUAAUCUUCACUCGCUUAUUUUCUUAACAGGCAUUUUGGCGGGUGGUUACUGGUGGAGAGCUCUUUUGCAGACUAUUUGUUAAGUAUGUGUAAACAUGUAGACCUAAACAUGCAGAGAACAUGGUAUUGUUGUAUUUUGCUGUGAUAAUCUUUCUGGUUGGGUUGUGGAUUCAUUUCUUUGGAGGAAAUAUCAUGUAUGAAAUGGGGCAACCAUCAGAAAAUGUAAACAAAGUCCUCCUUUUCAUGUCUGUUCAUUUUGAAACAUGUUGCUAGCAUUGGAACUCCUUCAGUGAACUUGGCUAAUGAUUCUGUUCAUCA